GUGCAAACAACAAACAACGUAGACGUACCGAUCCAAAGUCCAAAUCGCGGUUGCGAGAGCUAGUUUGAAUUUCAAUAGCACCAGAACCAUAUGAUAAAUUUUUGAUUUUUCAGAAAUAUUAAUAGUAGUAAUUUUCUCAACAAUAACUCAGCAGCAAUUAUUAAAUGAACACUGUUUGUUUGAUCGUUUUGUUGUGUUCACACAGUUUACAUUUUCCUACUUAAAGGGGAAUUGUUGCAAGGGCUUGUUAUCGAGAGAGUCCAAGGUACAUGACCAUAUAUGUUGUUUAUCUAGCUGCACUGCUAUGGUUUUGUGUUUUCCUUCUUUUCUUUUCAUUGCAAAAUUCUCUUCUUAAUCUUUCGAUUCAACUGAGUUUACAUACAAAGAAGUGCGAGAGAGAGAGAGAGAGAGAGAGAGAGAGAGAUCCUCAGUCGUCCACAUCGCAAAUUAAUAUAUGGCUUCUAAACCAGGAAUCCUAACAGAUUGGCCAUGGACACCACUUGGAAGGUUUAAGUACAUGGUUUUGGCACCAUGGGUGGUGGAUAGCGUCUACUCGACUUUUCUGAAAAUCCCGAACGACGACAGAGGAGUAGACCUGACUUACAUCCUCAUCUUUCCCAUUAUGUUGUGGAGAGCCAUUCACAACCAGAUCUGGAUAAGCUUAUCUCGUUUCCGAACAUCCAAAUCCAAGAACCGAAUAGUCGACAAACCAAUGGAGUUCGAACAAGUUGACAGGGAAACCAACUGGGAUGAUCAGAUCAUAUUGCAGGGUCUGUUGUUUUAUCUAGGUUACAAUUUUAUACCACUGCCAGGUGCUACAUACUUACCCAUCUGGAAUACAGAUGGUAUUAUCUUAACCAUUUUACUCCACACCGGUCCUGUCGAGUUCUUAUACUAUUGGCUUCACCGAGCUUUGCACCAUCAUUUCCUUUACUCUCGCUACCAUUCCCACCACCAUUCUUCCAUUGUCACUGAACCCAUUACUUCUGUGAUCCAUCCAUUUGGGGAGCAUCUCAUGUAUUUCGUACUUUUUGCGAUACCAAUACUAUCAAUGAUAGCCACUGAGACUGUUUCCAUCGUAGCUGUUACCGGUUACCUAACGUACAUCGAUUUGAUGAACAACAUGGGUCACUGCAACUUCGAGCUUGUCCCUCCAUCUCUCUUUACCUUCUUUCCAUUCAUGAAAUAUAUCUUCUACACUCCUUCAUACCAUUCACUUCACCACACUCAGUUCCGGACGAAUUACGCACUAUUCAUGCCUAUGUACGAUUACUUAUACGGGACCAUGGACAAGUCAAGUGACGAUCUGUACGAGAAUUCACUUAAAAGGAAGGAAGAAUCGCCUCAUGUCGUUCACCUAACCCAUCCAACUACACCGGACUCGAUCUACCAUCUACGCAUUGGAUUCGCUUCCUUCGCAUCCAUACCGUAUAACAACGCUACUCCUAACAAGAAAUGGUAUCUCUUGAUGACUAAGGGGAUAUUAUGGCCGUUGAAUUGGAUGUUUAGUUACAUCAACAACACAUUCGUAGUCGAGAGAAACAUAUUCGACGAAUAUGGAAAAGGAAAAGGAACACUCAAGAUGCAGACAUGGGCAGUACCCAGAUACUCUUACCAAUACACAUCACCGAAGCAAAGACAAGGAAUAAACAAAUUGAUUGAGGAGGCCAUACUUGAUGCUGAUAAAGCUGGAGUAAAGGUCUUGAGCUUGGGACUCUUAAACCAGGGAGAAGAACUGAACAGGAAUGGUGAAAUUUACAUACAAAAGCAUCCAAAACUUAAGACCAGGAUUGUAGAUGGGAGCAACUUAGCUGUGGCAUUUGUUGUUAACAACAUGGUCCCUAAAGGAACAAGUCAAGUGAUAAUGAGAGGCAACCUUACAAAAGUUGCUUAUGGGAUUGCAUUUGUUCUAUGUCAACGAGGCGUUCGAGUUAUUACGACACGAAGGGAUGAAUUCGAGAAGCUCAAAUUGUGGUUAGGUAGUAAUAAUGUUGUUACUGGUAACUUGACCCUCUCAAUAUCAUCUACAACAACUUGUACCGAUAAUGCUCAUCAUCAACAGGUUUGGCUGGUGGGCGAUGGAUUCAGCGUGGAAGAGGAAAAGAGUGCACCAACUGGGUCACUUUUUAUUCCCUUCUCCCAGUUUCCUCCUUGGAUGAAUAGAAAAGAACUAGUCCGAAAGGAUUGCGUGUAUUAUAAUACUCCGUCACUGACGGUUCCUCCGGCUCUUGAGAAUGUCCACUCCUGCGAGAACUGGUUGCCAAGAAGGGUGAUGAGCUCAUGGCGUGUGGCUGGUAUAAUUCAUGCACUGGAAAAAUGGGAAAGUCACGAAUGUGGCAGCUCAAUGUCGUUGAUGCUCGAGGAAGACAUUGAGAAAGUAUGGGCUGCAACUUUACGACAUGGAUUCCGUCCUCUGGAUGUUCCGAUUACUGAUGCUUAAAGAAAUUAGUGCUUGUUUAUUAUAUGUAUGAAAUUGAAUACAUCAUUACUACGAUUGUCUUAUUAUUAUUGCUUCUAAGUUUUAAAUCUUUUGCAACCAAACAAAAAAAUAAAAUUAAAUCUUGAAUGUUUACCUAA